AUGCUGGAUAGCUAUAAAGAGAAGCAACUGAUGCUAGAAGUCAUUCUGUGUGUCAAAAGUGGAAAGGCAACUGAUGCUAGAAAAACAGACAGUGCAAGUUCCGCAUCGUGCCCGAGCAUCGAGGAAGAGGAGGUCUUUCCGAAAGCGGAGGAGAAGUCCGAGUCCGACUCCAAGAAGGAGGAGGUCACGAAGCGAAGGAGCGCCAAGGUCAAAUCCUCCAAGCGGGAGAAGGCCCGAGAGUCCCGGACUCCGAAGGGGGAAGAUUCCGGGACGAAGGAGGAGGGAAGAGCGGCGAAGGGAGUCGAAGAUUCCGCCAGGAGGGAGGAGAGGAGGAAGAGCAGGAACAAGGAGGCGGAAGAACACUCCCUGAAAAACCAGAUGUCUUCCAUGGAGAAAUCCAUCCGUCUGGGGGUGAGUAUGGAAUUGGACUCCCUACGCUCCCUGAUGUAUGACCAGCAGGCUGUGCUUCACAAGCAGCUCAACAGAGUACUGGAUGAGUGCCAGAGGACACAGAAGACCAACGCCUUCCUCUCUGUCUGUGAUCGAGAAACAGAACGAAAUGUUGAGCAGGCUCCUUCCCGCAGUCCUGCCCAGAAACAACGGACUCCGGUGAUUUGGAAGAAAACAGUUUCCCUGUUGUAUAUAGGGAACGUGAAAUGA